AUGGUUUCGGUCUUGUCUAGUUCUAUUGUUGUCGCAUCUGUGGCUGGAAUAUGUUUUUACUUUGGUGUUGUUGCUAGCCAGAGAUACAAACGUCGCAAUUAUGUUGCCUCUCUACCACCACCAACCGACACAAACCUUGCCGAAUUGCACCACUUUAUUGUUCAAAUACUUACGGAUUUCCCAUUCCUAUAUCGUACUGCUCUUGAAUUCGCUUUUUUCAAAACAUAUGGCAUUCCGUCUAUAUCUAAACUGUUGGUUGCCACAGGUGAGAUCACCAAUGCAUGUCCCCGCCGCAUAGCCGAUACGGAUCUCCUCAUUCGUGAGUUCUGUGAGCAUCCACUCGAUAAUGAACGAUCUAUUCUUGCCAUGCGUAGAAUGAAUCACUUUCAUAGCAAAUAUCACAUCAGCAACGGCGACUACCUGUAUGUUCUCUGUGUGUUUAUUAUCGAACCCAUUCGAUGGAUCAAUCAGUUUGGAUUCAGAAAGCUCACCACAAAUGAGAUUGAGGCGCUCUGCAUCCAUUGGAGGUGUGUUGGUAUCUAUAUGGGCAUUACGGAUAUCCCUGGAUCGUAUCCAGAAGUAGUGGCUUAUAUCGAGGAAUACGAAAAGGCCAACUUUUGCUAUACCGAUCAGAACAGGCAGGUUGCUAACGCCACUAUAGAAGUUUUCUUGGCUCCGUUUCCAAAAUGUAUGCAUUCGUUUGGUCAUAAAGCAGCACAUGCACUCUGUCCACCCAAUCUUUGUGAGGCUAUGGGAUUUGAGAAAUCCUCCAAACUUCUUAAAUCUACUCUUGAAGGAGCAUUAUCUUUGAUGGGGCUUGUGACUCGCCUCUUUUGCUUCCCUCGUUCCCAGCCCAAGCAUCGGACUGGAGAAUUUCCUAAUCCAAAUGGAUCGUACUGUCCUCGAUUUGCAAUGUACGAUAAACAGUUGUACAAGGAGGGAUAUUUUAUUGGCAAACUGGGACCACAGAAGUUUGAAAAUGAUGGUAUGCUAGGAGAAUUGCACACACCUAAAUCCAACUCGGUCAAGUGUCCCGAGCUGAAGAAGCCAAAGCCAAUCUGAUGUGUUGCAAGAAUAUCUAUCACUAGAGUAUUUGUAGCUUUCUAAAAAUAUUAGUAUAGUAUUUGAAUUGGACUUGGUAUGUAUCAAAUAAAUAUCAUUUAUUUGGUCU